AAAACCAGACCACAAAUUAAUUUGAGAAAGAAAUCAAAAAUUAAAAAUUUCAAACACCGUAUGGUCAACAGGGAAGUGUUCAUCAUCAUAUUCAUAUUCAUACCAUACCACAUAAUAUAACCAUAACAAGAUGCAUCCUCAAUUAGAUAAGAACAGAUUCGAUACUUGUGAAAAACUAAUGGAUGCGUUAGAAGAAUGUCAUCGUCAAGAAUUUUUAAAACAAAUUCUUGGAGUUUGUAAUUUUGAAAAAGAUGAAUUAAGUAAAUGUUUACAUUAUACAAGAGUUAAUGAUGCUAAAGAAAGAAUUAGAAUAAGUAGAGAACGUCAAAAGAAAUUACAAGAGAAUGCUAAAAGAGCUGAAGAAGAAACUUAUGGUAAGAAUGCUUAUCUUAAAAAAAUGAUUGAAAGAGAAGCUGAAAAGAAAUUAAAUCAAGAUCAAGGGAAGUAAUUAAUUAAAUAGAUAAUUUGGAAGUCAAAGGUAAUGAUGAAAUGUAAAUAUCAUAGCAUAUAUGAAAUGUAAAUAG